CGCGCAAUGAGUGCACGCGGGCAUUGUACAACGAGUCUGUCGCCAUAGCAACGAUUUGUUGACAGGCGAUGUGGAGUUGCCUGAAUACACGGGAGAAUGAAACUCAAACGGUUCUUUCUCAGGUAUUAUCCACCAGGUAUAAUCUUGGAAUAUGAAAAAGGAGGAUAUUUGAGGACCAAAUCAAUCGACCUUUUGGAUUUAACUUCAGAAACAAACCCAGAUGAGUUGUUGGCAGAAAUCAGGCAGUCCGAGCCUUUGAUCACAGAGUCCCGGGCUGAUCAAGUCAAACAACUGAUCCUUCGACUUCAGCAGAAACAGGGCCAGCAGGACCACCACAGGUUCUGUUUCUUCAAGGAGCUAAAGGCACACAUCCUGCCUCUGACAAACGUUGCCUUUGACAAAUCGGGGUCAAGGUUUAUAACUGGGAGCUAUGACAGGACAUGUAGAGUUUGGGACACAGCCACAGGCAAUGAGCUGCACACACUAGAGGGUCACAGAAACGUGGUGUAUGCAAUUGCAUUCAACAACCCAUAUGGAGACAAGAUUGCCACCGGCUCUUUUGAUAAGACAUGCAAACUGUGGUGUGCUGAGACGGCCAAAUGUUUUCAUACCUUUCGUGGACACAUGGCAGAAAUAGUGUGCCUGGCAUUCGACCCUCAGAGCACACUGGUGGCCACAGGCAGCAUGGAUGCCACUGCCAAGCUGUGGGAUGUGGAGACUGGGGAGGAGGUGGCCACUCUGACUGGCCACACUGCAGAGGUCCUGUCUCUAUGCUUUAACACAGUGGGAAAUCAACUUGUCACUGGCUCCUUUGACCACACUGUUGCUAUCUGGGAUGUUGCUUCAGGAAGACGUGUCCACACUCUGAUUGGUCACAAGGGGGAAAUCAGCAAUGUUCAGUUUAACUGGGACUGCUCCCUCAUAGUAACAGGCUCCAUGGACAAAACCUGCAAGUUGUGGGAGGCAGUCAGUGGGAAGUGUGUGGCCACCCUAGUUGGACACAAAGAAGAGGUGCUAGAUGUGUGCUUUGAUUUAAGAGGUCAGCUCAUUGCUACUGCCUCUGCUGAUGGUACAGCGCGAGUGUUCAGUGCAACCACACAUCAGUGUCUCGUGACCCUGGAGGGCCAUAAUGGAGAGAUCUCUAAGAUCUGUUUCAGCCCACAGGGCAGCAGGGUCCUGACUGCCAGCUUAGACAAGACAGCUCGUCUUUGGGAUGUUCAGUCUGGAGUCUGCCUACAAGUCCUGGAGGGGCACACCGACGAGAUCUUCUCAUGCGUCUUCAACUAUGAGGGUGACACUAUAAUUACAGGCAGCAAAGAUAACACAUGCCGGAUCUGGUACUGACCCUUCCCUUGACCCUUACAAGGCUCAGAAAGGCAUAUACAUGGACACGACAAUCAGUUUACCAUGUAUGUCACUGUAUAUCUUUCUAAUUGUACAUUACCAACUGAAGAAUCUGUAGUCAUAUUGAGGUAAAUGUCUGGUUUACCGCAUCUGUAUAAGGUUAAAGUGGCAUUGCAAAUCAUCGCCGCUUCAUUACAUAAUUUUUCUCUCUGAUGUUCCUCCUGUUUUUUAAUUUGUUUAAAGCUUCACUUGUUCCCUGACUGUACUAACUUUGUACUGUGCAUGACCAGUAGACAUAGCCUUAUGUUUACUGUGGAGUUAACAGUGUGGUGACUUUGCUCAUAAAAUGUCAUCAAGUAGUAGAAAGUCUUCAACUAUGUUAAUGGUAUGGUUUGACAUGGUUUGGUUAGACAGGAGGCAAUUAGCUUAGCUUAGCAUAAAGAGUGGAAGCAACUGGCUUGGUCCAAGGUUCAAAAAUACACCUACCAGCCCCUCUAAAACUCAGUUAUUAACAAGCUACAUACAGCACGUAACUCAGCGCAACUUUUUUAUACAUUUCUGUAUGUGUUGCAAUGGAACAAACAGCCAUGUGGAAU